AGACUAAAGGAGUUGAGGUGGGGAAGAGGGAAAUAUGCGCGCCGAGGGUGUCCUAUAAAGGGUGUCAUCGUCAACCCCGGACACCCAUUCCACCACCGACCAUCACACCGCCGCGCCGCGCGCGAACCACGUCGCCGCGCUGCCACCGCCGCUAUACUGGCCGCUAUCUUUUCAUUUCGAAAUCAAUCGUGCAGAUUUCUCUAUCUCCCGAUCGCCCUGCGCAUCGAGAGGUCCAACGACUGUUAAAAUGAUCGCACUUUGGACUUUUAACGCGAUGGCAUUCUUCUGCAAUUGGAUGCUCGUGUCUUCCUCGAUAUUGACUCCAUUGAAGGAUGACGGUAGCCUAAGGAUCUUUAAGGAAUCGCCGAACGAAUUCGAAUACGUAAUAAAGAGACGCGGCAUCGAUGAGCGUAAAGAAGACACCGAUCCUAAAGAGAGACGUGGCACCAUGGGUUCCUCCUUCAUUAGAUUCGGACGCAGCCAGUCUGCUUUUAAUGACGUCGACAAUUCCGUCGUCGACGGAGAAACUGAUUCAAAGGUCAGCAGACACCCCCGAUGGAAGUCACCGGACAUCGUCAUCAGAUUCGGUCGGUCCAACUUCAAAGCUGUUAACAACGAACAACCCAAACGCGGGCGAAACGAUCUCAAUUUCAUCAGGUUUGGUCGAAACAUACAAGUUGUGCCGGCCGAUCUCGAUCUAUCUGCAGUGUGUUCGGCGCUUGUAUCGAACGGAGUGGUCAACGACGCGGAAUUACACCCGGACAUAUCAAGGUUGCUCCGUCUUUGCAACGGUCUAAACAAGAUAACCGGCGAGAUCAGUUUGAACGCUUCAGGGUGCCAGGACGGCCCGUGCCGUCAUGAGUGAACCGGCCUGUCGCUCGCUGUUGAUCGAACUCGUCCGAGAUCCGAGAUCGUCCCACACGGAUUUGUCCUGCGGAUUCGAUGCCGGAUGUCAACGAGGAUUCGUAAUCGCUCCAGUUUGCCAAACCGAUUACACCGCCACGACUGAAUUGCAUUUGGCUUUGAGAUGACGGCCGGAUAUCGCGUUACUAUCAGCGCGGAUUUGUACUUAAGCGGAACUCUCGCGCAACUUGUUAAAAAAAAAAAAAAAAUGAUCGAAAAUAAUUGCCUGCUCGUCUGUUGCAAUAUUACGAAAGAACAAUGACAUUUAUUUUAAAGAAGUUUGCUUCAAUUGUUUCUUUCUUCGUCAAGUUAAACAAGUCACGCUUCCCCAUAGAGAAUAUUACUAAGUAUUCUAGCAACAAUAACAUUGCUGAAAUAUUACAUCACAUGUUCUGUAUGGAUAAUUUAUUAUUUGUGUUAUUAAUUAUACAAAUAUUUCCCAUACAGCAGCGAGAAGUAUGAUAAUCAAUUAUUUAUUUAUAAAGCUAGAGCAUUAAACUAAAUCUCUUGUGUACCUUUUUUCCCCUAUUUCUUUGAUAAGCGCUAAAUAUAGUGUACAGACUUGUUUUUUUUUUUUUUUUUUUUAAGAAAUAAUUUAAUAGCUUCAAUUUUUUAAUUUUAUUAAACUCUAAAUAUACAUUAUGUGCACUCGUAAGCUGAUAGCAAAUACCGAGCCGUGAAUCUCAUGUCGGAUACCGCGCUGUACAUCCACCUGCCUCAUUAUUUAUUCAAUGUACAUACAAACCUGAUGAUUUAUCAUUCCGAAACACCAUCGAUGUAAUCGCAGAUUCGUAUUGUAAUUGUAAUUAUGCGCAUUUUUUCUGUCGGGUCCGCAGACAACGAAUUACCGCUAACAACGAAUUUAGUUGAAUGCUAAAAAUAUAUAUCAUCGUAUUCAAAUACAUAAGCAUAAAAUAAAAGUGUCGUUAUUGGAAUAUCUAAGCAAAUAUGCAUUAAAAACAGCUAAUUACCAAUCUUUAAAUUUUUAGACAAAGUAUUACUGAAAAAAAUAUUAUUGUAUCACAUAUAAUAUUUUUAGAUUGAGGUAUAUUUUUAAUCGAUUAUCUAUACGACAUUUCUUUAUUUCACAACCUUUUGUUAUCUUUUGUACAACUUGGUGAUUUUAUUCUUUCAAGAAGUUAAAGUCUUAAAGAUAAUGUUUUACGAAGAACUGAAUUAUUCAAAAAACCAAAAAAAAACAAAAUUAUUAUGAAAAAUUUUUAAAGAACCAAAGUAUAACUGCGGAUUUACCAAAUAUAACGCAAAAUACAAUACAUAUAUAACGUUUUAGCAAUAUUGUAAAAAUAUUGUAAAGUUACUGCAACAUUAUUAUGCAAUCUUUUGAGCUGUCUGGGAAGUGUAUUUCUUUUUUUUAGUUUAUCACUAUUAUGCAAUUUUGUUUCUAAUAUUCAUAAAUUCACAAUUCAUUCUAAAAUAGUAUCUAAAAAAUUAUAUUUUAAAGUUUCCUUUGGUCUUUUUUUGCACAACUACUCAAUUUUGUUAAACAUCGUGGUGACUUAUAAAAAUUAUUAUUGACAAGUUAUUUUUAUAUUGUUGAGUUUUUAUACGUCAAUUUAUACGCGAUUUUCAUGAAUUUGUCAUGUGCAUUCCGGUACAGUCAACCAAAUUCGUUGUAAGCUUCGCACGUUGAAUAAAUAAUAUGAUCGACCGUUGGAUUCAGCCCAAGCUUACGAUAAGUACUAUAAGGAUUUGUCAUAGUGUUAAAACGUAUACGUCACAUUAUCCGCAGUAGUCUACGCUAUUCUAAUGUAUGUAUGUAAAUUUAAUACGUAACUACAUAUAAUUAAAAAGAAACAAAGUGGCUGGAUGUGA